ACCAAUCUGUUGGCGCAGUUGGUGGACUUGCGUUGCAAACAAUAAAAAACAAUUAGUCACCCUAGAACGAAAGUAUCGGGUCUCUCAUUGGCUAUUCACCCAAUCUUUCGAAACAGGUGUUAUCUAUAAAUUUAAGCAGAUUGUGAAGAAAGCGUGAAGCUGAAAGUUCUUUGAGGGACGAAAGUGAUGAUGAAGGUGCUCGAGAAAAAAAAGGGGAGGGAUUCUGAAAAUAUUUGCCAAAAUUAGAACAAUCCCAACCUAGAAGGCCACAACACCUCUGAAGCCAAUAGGAACGAGAUGCCUAGAAAGUGCAUUUUCAAUAAACUGUGGCUUCAUCAAGCUGACUACAAAGAUUGGAUAUUGAUGGAUGGCAAUCCUUAUUAAGUUAAUGUGGUCUUCGUCUGAAACAAAUUGAUAUUUCUAGAAUGGGAGAGUCAGCGCUGAAAAUUCACAUGAAAGGUUUCAAAAGUGCUUCAGUUUUCACUUCUGGUUCACAAAAUCCUACUACUAUUCAUAUAUAUGAACUGAACAAUGUAGCCAUUCUUAUCACAUGUGGCAUUUUUGCAGUGAUGCUGUUCUUUUUAAUUAUAUCUAAAGGAAAAAAAUCGAGAUCUCUAAAAAUACCUUCACCACUUUUAUAUUAUUUAUCCAAGACAUCUUACAAACAAGAACAUGCUGAAUUGUCUAAAGCAUUGAUUGACAGAGAAAAUUAUGAUGUAAAUUAUGCUCAACCAGAAGCAGGAUUAUCCUUAUUUCUGUGUGCUUGCAUAGGUGGUAGUGCUGAUUUGCUUGCUUAUAUGCUAACUAAGGGAGCAGAUGUUCAAAGCCUUUCUAAUUUUGGUGAUUCUGGAUUUUAUCUUGCAGUCUAUGAGUAUUUAAAUUCAAAAGUUCUUGAUCUAAAGGUUUUGAAUCUUCUUCUAGAUGCAGGUUGUGAUGUAAACCAUCAAAAUGAUAAUGGUUUUACAGCAUUACACCUAGCCUGUUCUGAAGGAAAUCUAGACCUUGUACAAUUUCUCUUACUUAAUGGUGCUGAUCCUUUAAUUACCACUUACAAUGGAAUAUUACCUCAUGAUAUGGCUUUUAAUGAAGGCCAUACAGAAGUUGCCAGAUAUGUGAUGUCAAAAAUAAGAAGAUAGAUGAUGUGCCCUAAUGUACUUGAGUCUCAUUUCAUGUUAUCAAAAGCAUUAAAAAAUAAAUAAAUGAGCUAUAAUAAAUUUUUAGUUCUUAUCUCAAUUUUGCCUUU